UUGGGUGUUAUGUGUGAUUGAUGGGUUAGUGCAAAAUAUACCACGCAGAGAAAAUUUGAUACAUAAAACUGCAAAAAUUUAAAUGAUUGUUGGUUGGAGGGGCGGUAGGAUGAGAAAGAUUAUGGAUCGCCACGUACUGUACUGUACACCACCAAACGUCAUCCAAUCCUUAACCACUAAAGCAGUUAUGUUUAAAAUAUCGAGAUCCAUCUAUUGACUUGAAGCAAAAUAAAGCACUUCGUUGUAUGCUUUGCAUGUGGAGAAAGCGAGGAAAGAAAUGUUUGGUAUCGAAAACUGGACCCUGUGUGACACUGAUAUGGUUAACAUGUCAAUGUCACACAGUAUUCAUUGUACCCGAGGUUACAGGAUUUCUCCCCUUAGGCUGAGGUUAAUGACUGGACUCUGAAGUACGUUUCCUAUAUAUUUGUAUUCUCUGUGAAGGCCUUGGGGAAGAAGUUUCAUUGUGAAUUGACCGAGCUACCUUUUAUUAAAUGAAGAUAUUAUUAUAAUGUUGAGAUAGAAUGGAGAACAGAGAAGGGAGAAAAACAACAAAAAGCCUUGUUCAAGACAAGUCUUGCGGUCUAGACGAUAGUAACCGUGAUGACACAGGUGAAUCAGGUGAUGUGAGGCCAACAGACCAUCAGCCUGUUGUAGUACAGUCCGAGACGUCAGAGGGUCAGUCUCACGUCGUUAUCGCCCUUCAGACUCCCGACGCCGUGCAACACAGCACUAACACAGGCCUGCCAAUAUCCAAGGAAACCUUUGUGGAGUUUGGCCACAGUGAGGCAGAAGCUGAAACCAUUAGUCAGAUAUUCAUCGAGGUGUGUUCAGCAGAGAGCAUGGGCAUGGUCGAGCAGUCCGGGGCACAUACAGCAUCAUCAGGAGAAGAUGCACUGGAUGCAUUAAGGAUACAAAGAGACCAAAGUGUUCAAGUUAAUGACUAUGAGAUUGAGCGAUCAGGAAAGCUGCCAGCUAGACGGAGGAUUAUACCCUACAAAUUCAGAGACUUCAGAAACCCAGACUCUGAAGAAGAAGAUGGCGGCGACUCAGACUAUAACCCAGAGAAUGACUUCCUACCGGUGAAACGAAGACGAGGAGCAGGACGGGGUAAAAGAGAGGUAGAUGGUGAGGCUUCAGAGAGUGUGAACAAACCUGGCAAUAGCAGGGGGAGAGGCAGGGGCAGAGGGAGGGUUAAAGGUUCCAGAGGGACCUACAGGAAGGGCAAGGGAUAUACCUGCCAGAGUGUGACAAGGCCUUUACACUUAAAAGGUAACCUGAGGGUACACUUGAGGAUCCAUAAAGGAGAAAAACCAUUUGCAUGUGACUUUGAAGGUUGUACAAAAAGUUUCCGUACUAAUGAGACUAUGAGGAGGCACAAGCUUGCCCACCUGGGAAUUAAGCCAUUUGAAUGUGAAAUUUGCCAGAAGAAGUUUUCAUCUAAUGUCUCCCUGAGAGAACAUGUGUCAAUUCACAACAACGUCCGGCCGUAUCAAUGUGACAAGUGUGACAAGUCAUUUCGUCACAUCAGCACCCUCAGUCGUCACAUGAGCAUCCACUCCUCCGCUACACCUUACAAAUGUGACCACUGUGGCAAGCAGUUUGCACAGAUGGCCUAUCUACGUUCUCAUCAAAGGGUCCAUACAGGAGUUAAACCAUUCACUUGUGACCAGUGCAUGAAAAACUUUGCUUACCAGUCUGAUCUUAUCAGACAUAAGGUUAUCCAUACAGGUUUGAAACCAUAUGCGUGCGAAGUGUGUAAUGCUCGUUUUUCUGACCCAUCCAGUCGACGACGGCAUCUCAAGGAGCAUGUAGGAUCCAAACCAUAUCCUUGUGAAAUGUGUGGUGAGGAGUUCAAACGUGCUGGUCAGCUGAAAGGUCACCUCAGUAGGAUACAUAAUGCUGUCACAGAGACUGUCAAGGUAGUAGGGGACAAAGGGACAAUACAAUUCUUGUGCAAAAAUCCCUCAGGGUCCAGGUCUCAGAAAGAUGCAGAAGAAGAGAAUAAAAUCGUGCAGUUGAUUAGCAGCUUAAGCAGAAGUGAGUCUCUCCAGCAGAUUUCAUUGGUUGGUCAAUCACAAAUGGCCGGUUGCCAUGCCAAUGACGUGGAUGAGGACACACCUGAUGCUGACUGUGAACAGAUUCUUAUUGAAGCUGCUCAGGCAGGAGAAGUGACUGUACAGACUAUGGGAGAACAGUUAAUAGUGACCAGCCUAACAGAGUCCAUAGGUAAUCACUCAGCAAGCCAGCAACAUGAAGUACAACUUCAUCAACAGAUUGUGGAGACAGCAGACAUUCCUUUUGUGGAGAAGGAUGUGAGUUUAGAGCCAUCAGCUGUCAGCGCACAACCGAAUUCAUCAGUAACGGACAGCUUGGAGGAAGAAAACGAUGAAGACAAUGUUGUGGAGUAUAUGUAUGGGAUAAUAGAAGACAUUGGGGAUGAAGAUGGACAGGGUCAGGUGGUAGAGAUCUGUUGUCAACAGGAGGAUGCCGAGAUAAAUGAAGGUGAAUCUCUGGAGACAGCCAUUGAGAGUGAGGAACAAGAGCAGGAGGCGGAGUCAAACAGUAAAGCUGCCACAGAAACACUCACAGCCGUGGAUUAUGUCUCUAAUCCUGACUUCUCCAGCCAGGGCUAUUACAACUGGCUGUCAAACUUUACAGAGCUGUGUAAAAUGGUACCAAUGCCUUUAGAUGUUGACUUGUUCCAGAAGAUCAGUCAGGUCCACAAGACUUUGUCAGAUGUCAUGGCAACGCCAUCAGGGGUACUAUCUAUCAAAGAAAAUUAUAAAAUACUAAUGAGUAUUACUCGUGAUCUAAAUGUUAUCAUAAGCGAACAUUUAGCCUUUGUUUUAGAUAAUCUAGACAACUCUAAAGAUUCCAGUUGAAUGUGAUUUUAUCCUGGCUGUAAAUAUUCCCGACUGGUAGAAAUGGGAGUAUAGUUGGAAAAAAAUCAGUGAAAAUCUUCUAGAUCUUCAAGAUCAAGUGAAUAACACCUGUCAACCUAACCAUUACUCAUUCUAGAAACAUGAACCUAUCAUAUCACAGACGGUUUGGUCUGUUUGCCAUCUUUGUCAAGUAUCUCAGUAUUAGGGACUCGUGUAAAAAUGAAUUCGUGAGUUUAUGAUAUUUGGGAAUUGUGACUUGCCAACAGGUCACCUCAAGUUCAGCAGUCAUAGGUUUGUUAAUGAAAGAGGUUGUUCACUAAGAGCAGCCACCCAACCACUGCGGGGUGUGUAUUGUUAGUACCCUCUGGCUUCACCUGGGGCUUCCACCCUAUCUGUCUAUUCUCUGGUAUAGUUUUCCAAAAUUACAUUUCUUAUUUCAUCAUA